UAAUAUCUAUAAAAGAAGUGGGUCAUCAACAGUGCAAUUGCUUGAAGUGAGAGUGAAGAGUUUACAGUGAACGGCUUACGGUGUCUUCGACUACCACGAGUGUAUAUGUGAGUGUGACCUGGACCUAGACUUUGCCAUUAUGAAGAUAGCGUUUCUACUGGCCUAUGCAAUACUAACUACAAAGAAGGUCAGGAGUGCCGCAAUUCAAGCCCCCGAAGACUUAAUCCCCUUAGAAGAUAUCACAGACGGGGACCGAAAAACUUUAGAAUUUUUAAACCAUUAUUUUCCUCCAAGACCUAAGAGGUCAGGUGAAGACGCCUUGAACCAUUUGAAAGCUUCCCUAAGUCAGGGCAUUAAAUCGAAAUUGGGACUAAUAGCCAAGAGUUCAGCUUCAGCAAGCGCUCAUUUUAGUCGAAGUAGCAGCAGCGGYCAUGCACAYCACCAUCAUCAUUAUCACCACGAUGAACACCCGGAAUUCUAUGACCACAAGCAGUUCGACUUUUGGACUUUGAAGAAAUCCAUUUUGAACACUCUUCUCCAAGCGGUGAAAGCCAUAAAGGGCGGUGUGAUAGCCAUAAAAGGGCAACUGAUAAAGGGAAGCGGUUACCUCGUCUCAGCAAAGGGCAAGUUAUUAAGUGCCAAAGGGGAAGCUAUAACAAACUUAGGCAAGAACAUUGCCACUUCGGCUAUUCUAAGCCCWACCCAUGGUCAUUCAGACGACCACGGCCACUACCAYCACAGCGACCCUGAGGAGUAUGGAUCCCCGUCGGCCCCAGGGCCUCAAUACGAGGUUCCCGAACAUCACUACCAUCACCACUCGCAUCAUGAAGACAAACCGGACGCCGACCACGCUGGUAUCUUAAUCCUGAAGAAGAUCCCAAAGCACGAACACGAACAUUCCGACCAUCUACCCGUCGAACACAAAAUACCUGAAUUCAAACCAAUCGGCCAUUCGGGACCUGGUCUUGGAGAAAUCAUCGGGAAAUUCUUCUCCGCUUCCACUUCCCUAAAACCGGGAGAACCCGCUCCUUUCGGUGAUCAUUACGAUCAUGAUCAUCAUCACGAACAUUAUCAUUCUGAUCACGWACACGAUCACCACCACCAUGACGAGCAUUACCACCCCGAUCACUCUAGUCACUCAUCCCAUACAGAGUAUCACCACGAAACUCACCCUUCUAGUCACGACGACGAGCACCACUCUGAUGCUGGUGAUCAACCUUCCAGCCAUUACGGGAGCCCCUUCGAAGAAGCUCCCGCUUACCUAAACAUAGAGGAGUAUGCUUCUGAGUCUAAAAAACAAGCGCAGACUGUUACACAAGCCCCGACUGCUGAACCACAAAAAUUACAAGUCUCCCAACAACCACAAACUCCUAUUAAAUAUGACGAAAUUAGGCCACUACCAACAGCUUUUGCCAAUACUGACCCUCAGGGUGUUAAAUAUGACGAAGUUAGGCCUUUAUCCGCCUUUUCCAACACUGGAAUUGACACCUCUUACCUCCUAAACAAUGACAAUAAACCAAAUUUGUUUGUUGGGUCUUAUUCAAAUAAACCAAAUACGGCUUUUCCCCCAUAUGGCCAACAAGUCAAGCCAACUGCUGUAGCUGUUGACACUACAUCAUUGCAGUUUGGUGGUUUUCCCGGUGUUUUCCCAACCAGUGAUAUCAAGUACUUGGCACCUCCGGGUGUUGGACCACAAGUUUUUCCCAGUGGUGUACAAAGAUAUCCGCAAAGUGUUAAGUAUCAAGGUUUGCUCGAUAGUUUUCCAUCGCCGUCUCAAAAAACUCCCUUAAAACGGCCCACGCGUAGUAAACACCACCACCACAGCCGUAAAAGACCUGUACUACCCUCUCCUGAGUUUAUGAAAGCACUUAUGUACAAAGUGGGGCAUGACGGACCAAAGAGAUUAUAGACUGACGAACUGACUGUAYUUGCAGGUUACUACAACUACUACGAACACUUUGACCCGUAUUUCUGACAAAGACGAACCAGGAAUUUUUGUAAAUAUUUCUAACACUGCUAUAAAUCAAUUUAGGUACCUCUGUAGACUUCCCAUCUACGUGUCUUCUUAUUUAUUGUUGUACCUAAUGUAAAAUGUAAGGCAUAUUUUGUAAAAUGUUAAUAUUAAUAAAUAAAAUAAAAAUAAAA